AUGCUCGUCGGCUACGACACAGGCAGGUACGGUGGUAUCCUCGCUAAUCCCGGAUUUCUGAGACAAUUCGGAUCUUACCACCCCGCAAAGAAGACCGACGCUCUCGACUCGCUACAUACCUCCCUCCUCUCUUCGCUCGCGUUUAUUGGCAAGCUCUUCGGUUGCUUCAUGUCAGGACCUGCUAUUGAACGAUUUGGACAUCGUAUAGUCUUCUAUGGCCUCUCUGUCAUCUCUGUAAUUGGCAUCAUCAUCGAGGCUACAGCUGCGAAUUCUGGAAUAGGAACUGGACGAUACGCGCAAUUCGUCAUCGGUCGCAUCGUUGUCUACGCCUCUGUCGGUCUCGUGGAAGUUACUGUGACCACAUACCAGCAUGAAAUCGUACCGGCUGCUUUCCGUGGCUUAGUCGUCAUCUUUCUACAACUCUUCCUUGAUGUCGGGAGCUUCAUUGCAACGGGCGUCAACAAGGCUUUUUCGACAUACACAUCAGGGGUUGGAUGGAAAGCGGCCACAGGCAUUCAAUUCAUCUUCCCCAUGUUAAUUGUUUGCUUCACCUUCUUCAUUCCUAACUGGCCGCGUUGGCUUUUAUCUAUGGAUCGCGCUGAAGAGGCCAUAGUCGCUCUUCGCCGCCUUAGGUCCAAACAGGAGGUGGAGAACGGUUUGAGCGAAGCGGAAAUUCAGGCAUUCGCGAGGCUUUGA